CCGCUCCCUUCUCCUGCUCCACAAAACAGCACGACCGAAGCAGAGAAAAAGCUUCGAAAAAGAUAACGUUUUUUUAACGUUAUCCCCAUCUCUCCCUCUUCCUCCGCCUUCUUGGAGACGCUUGACGUCCAUCGGUGGUAAUGGCGACCAUGGCUUCGGGAGUGUCGUUAGGAAACGCUUGCUCUCUCCAUUUUCGCAAGACCCAGUUCAAUCAAACCACCCUCGUGCCUCCGAGGGCCAAAGCUUCGUACGAGAUUGCCUUCGUCGCUUCUCAGCUGAGUGGGCUCAGAGUCUCCUACGAUGAUUCUCGUCCCUUCGCCGGACCUGUAGCCGCUCCGCCGCCGGCCGUACAACCCGUUGCUCGCAGAGUAUGUCCUUUGACGGGGAAAAAGGCAAACAGGGCAAACAAGGUCUCCUUCUCAAACCACAAGACGAAGAAGUUGCAGUUUGUAAACCUGCAGUACAAGAGGAUCUGGUGGGAAGCCGGCAAGCGCUAUGUUAAGCUGCGGCUGUCAACGAAGGCGUUGAAAACCAUCGAGAAAAACGGACUCGAUGCCGUUGCCAAGAAGGCAGGGAUAGAUUUAAGGAAAGAAUGACCAUUUGGCCUUGUAAUUGUCAUUGAAAACAAGCCAGUGCACGACCUCUUUCAACUCGUUUCGGUUUAUUUGUUUAGCUCUGUCUGGUUGAAUUUUUUCAUAUGAGCAAAAUUUUCAUUUCAAGCUUUGCAUUUUUAUUUCUCCUGGUGGGCUUCUUGAAUCUUGACAUGUUUUUACCUCAAAAUAUUCUCUUCAUUUGAAGGCACCUGCUUUUACAUGA